UGGGACGGCGGCGGCGGUGUCGUUUCCUCCUAUUCUCUCCCUCUCCUCGUGGGUUUUGGGUUGUUUUUUUUUAAUCUCCGCGGUCUCUUUAAAUCUCCGCUUGUUUUGGGCACCCGCGCUCUUCUCCCCCCGCCCGCCGCCGCCUCUGUUUCUUUGCUGCCUUUCAAUCUCUGCGUGAGCAAAAGGGCUUCCUCUGCAGGGAAGGAAGGGAAAUGCCUGCCGGCCGGAGCAGCAGCAACAGCAGCAGGGGGAGACCAGCAAGAGCAGCAGCAGCAGCAGCAGCCCUGGGCAUCGCACGGCGCGCAGCGACCACGGACCUUCCACUUGCAGCGAGCUGAGAGCGGCGAUGGGGCAGGGCCACCAGGGCUCCCCGAGGCACUGAUCCCCCCCACACUCAAUCCCUGUCCAAGAGGCUCCGUCCGGACACUUUUGGAGACAGAGGGAGAGAGAUUUCUGCUGUGGCAACUCGCGUCUCUUUCUCUCCUCUCAUCCCCUCCCGUCGCUUGCAACUUGGCUGGAGAGAUCUCCUCCCCGCCCCCUUUCCCCAGUCCCUCCAUGCCCCGACCUGAACUUUAGCAGCCCGGGGGCUCCGGCUUAGGGAGCAACCCUGAGCGCCUGCCAGGCGGAGAACAUGAUUUGAAGCCGGGGAGGCGGCCAAGAGGGACGCAGCCAGUCGAGCGCUUUGGCCGAGACUCCGGAAGAUGAGCCACGCAGAUCUUACAAAGCCACCAUUAGCACCAAAACCAAAGAUUCUCAGUCAUCUCGCUUCCAUAGCUGCUUCCAAAUUUCCUCCGUCGCUAUCAAGGUCUGGCACACUUAACAAUUCAAACUCUAUGUCUAGAGGUCCAAAACCACCCAUUGCUCCCAAGCCAAAAAUCUCUGCUGACAACGAUCCAUCGAUUCUACAGCGAUCCAGUGUUCAUGCCAACAAUACCUUGAACAAAUGUACCAAUGGAAAACUGGAGGGAGAGCUUUAUGAAGGAAAUCAGUGCAACAACACAGAGUUCUUAGGAUCAGAAGCUGAUGAUGAAUAUAUAGUGAUUUCUGAAGAUGAAUUGAUUGAUAAAGUUUAUGACUUUGAACAUGAGCAAGAAUCAGCAAAGAACGAGAUCUCACACACUCCUGAGGAAGCACAUGAAGAAGAGGAUGACUGUACCCACAGCAAUGACAUCGGUGAUCUUGAAAUAAAUUUAUUGGAGAACAAUGAAACUGAACCAUCCGAAAUUCAAGCUCUUGGCAACGCUGAAGCCCUUGAAAAGGAGGAUGCUUCUGAGGGUGGAUAUGACAAGGUGGACUGUGAAACUGAUGUCAACGAGAAGAUGAUGAACUGUGCAGAUGAGUCUGAUGAAGCACUCCAAGAACCACAUCUGGUAAAGGAUAAUAAUGAGUAUAAUGUGGACAAUAAGAUUUUGAAUGGAGAUGAGGCUUUGAAUGGUGCCAUAUGUGAAGAUAUUAUUUUACAGCAUUUAGAGGUGCCAACACCAUCUUCAGAGGAUCAGUCACCAAUUUGUGAGGCUCCAGCAGAGGAUGGUCUAUCUCAGGUUUUAGAAGAGGAGCAGUCUAAUGCUGAUGCAGAAAUGGGCCCAAUGGAUAAUGAUGGGGAUGAAUCAGCCUCAAAUAUAGAAACAGAGUUUGCAGAGGAUGCUUGUGCAAGCCUAAGCGACCCCCUUGCUAAUGAUUCUGAAGAAGUAGAUACUGGAUUAGAACUACAUGAAGCUGGUCCUGAUCCUGAAGAGACUUUGGGGGAGGCCACAAAUGAAGCCAGUGCUGAAAAGGAGGAGGAACUAGACCCAGCGGAUGAAUGUGAAACAAGCGUAGAACAGGAAGAAAAUACAGAUGAUGGCUACCAAACCACUGAGAUGAAGAGCGAGGAGGAAACAUCAGAGGCAGCAUGUGAUACAAGGGAAGACUCCAAAGAACAAAAGGAUGAAGUGGUAGACACAGAGACCAUGGAUGACAGCUGCCAGAUCAUUCCCUUUGAAAAAGAGUGCAGUGAGGAUGCUCCUGACUCUUCUGAAGAAGAUUUGCCAUUAGAAGGGACUGAAAUGAACAGUGAUAACCAGCCCUUCAGCCUUCAAGAAGUUAAUGAGCUCGAAUCUGACUCACAGCUGGCAGAAAGAUCCAAGUCAGAUGUUUUACCUGGAGAUCACAGCAUCAGUGAGUGUGCUUUGGAAGAUACACAAUCAGAUAACCAAAUGCUUGCGGUGGAUCACAGCAGUGUUGAAGAUACUGCCCCAAGUACACCUGAUGAAGGUACAGCUGAAGGUACCUGGCACUCCACAGGAGAACUGGACGUUUGCCACCCCGGAAAAACGGAAAUAGACUCAGGCAGUGAAUAUGUGAUUGAUGGAACUUCAGCAGUCCCUGAAGUGGUGGUUGUUCCUGAUAAUGAUGGAGAAAUCAGCAGUGACUCCCUAGAUGACCCAUACGUAUUGGGAGACAGCUUGCCUUCAGCAAAUGAAAUCCUCUGUGCUGGAAAAGAAAUGGGGGAGGCUGGUGUCCAAGAUAGUUCAAGUGAUUUCAGAGAGGGAGGGGGAAUGGACAGUGAAAACCACUUGCUCUCCAUUGAUCGGAAAAGCAUUGUUACUAGAACAAGGUCCCUCUCCGGGAAAGUGCCUGGGUAUGUGCCAGAAACAGUUCCAGAAGAAACAGGCCCAGACACUGAACUGCAGUCCUCAGCCUCUGCUUCCACCAUGUCUGAAGAUGUAAGCCAUAGCUUCUCUCUGUCAGAAGGAAAGACAAUGGAAAUGAAUAGAGCCCUACCUGCAAAGCCAAGGCGCUUUGUUUUAUACCCUCGAUCUUUUUCAGUAGAAGGCAGAGAUAUCCCUGUCUCUGUAUAUAGAGAAAGUGAGACCUCCAUGUUGGAUUACAAUAGAAUAAACAGAACAGAAGACCUCUCUUUGCCUUGCGUCAUUGGUUCUUCGGGUAGUUUUUCCCAGAGGAAUCACCUUCCAUCCAGUGGGGUCUCCACCCCGUCCUCAGUUGUGGAUAUUCCACCUCCCUUUGAACUUGCCUGUAUCACCAAGAAGCCAAUAACGAAAAGUUCGCCUUCACUUUUAAUUGAGAAUGACUCUCCUGAUAAGUACUGCAAGAAAAAGAAGUCCUCUUUCAAGAAGUUCCUCACCUUAAAGUUCAAGAAGAAGAUGGAAAAUAAAGUCCAUGUGGACGUUCAUGUUUCUUCUUCAAGGUCCUCCUCAGAGUCUAGUUAUCAUGGGCCUUCCAGACUCAUGGAACUCGACAGGAGGAGUUUGAGUAGCUCCCCUCAGCUGAUAUCACGGACCGGCAAGCUGAGGGCAUCUGAGUCUCCAACUGUUCUCUUCUACAAGGACGGCAAAAGAAAAGGGACGCCCAAAACCUUUAGUAGGAGUGUGUCACGGGUGGAGUCUUUUGAGGAUCGCUCCAGGCCUCCUUUCAUGCCCCUUCCUUUAACUAAGCCCAGGUCUAUUUCAUUUCCUAAUGCUGAUACGUCUGACUAUGAGAACAUCCCAGCUAUGAACUCCGAUUAUGAAAACAUACAAAUACCCCCACGAAGGCCAACCAGGGCUGGGACCUUUACUGAAUUUUUUGAAGAUCCUAGCAGGGCAUUAUCUGCCGCAAACGAGAAUGACGGCUAUGUGGAUAUGAGCAGUUUUACAGCCUUUGAGAACAACAAGCAGCAACCUACCAGCCAGGAAACUGAAAGUGCCUACACAGAACCUUACAAGGUGUGCCCUAUCUCUGUGAUUCCUAUUGAAGACGUCACAUCAGAUGAGGAACAGAAAAGUUCUGGAGAUGAGGAUGGGAACCAGGGAGAGUCCAACCUCCUCCAUAAGAAAGAGGGACAAUGCAGAGCCCACCUCAUUGCCCAGGAGCUUGUGUCUUCAGAGAAAGAAUAUGUGGAGAUGCUCCGGCUGUUACAUAUGGAUUUCUAUGAAGCUGUCUUAAAAGUGCUGGGAGAUGAAGAUAACAAUGACCAUGAAGAAGCAAAGCUCAAGGAAGGAUUGAAUGAGAUCCCAGAAAUCUACAAACUGCACCAAGAAAUACUGGAAGAGCUGGAAGAAAAAGUUCUCAAUUGGGAAGAUCACCAGAAAGUGGCUGACAUUUUCCUCUCCAGGGAAUCAAGGUUCAUUCACCACACGGCUUACAUUAUGCAGUUUGAUAGGAAUUUGGCUUUGCUGGAUGAAGCCCGCCUUAAAACUUCCCAGCUGGAUACUGUCGUUCGGGAAUUUGAGUUUCGUGGUGGCAGUCCCUUGAAUGUGAAACAUCAGCUCUUGAAAGUGGUGCAGCGCAUAUUCCAGUACCAUGUGCUCCUCACAGAUUACUUGAAUAACCUUUGUCCUGAUUCCGCUGAGUAUGAAGAAACACAAGCUGCCUUGCUCAUCGUCUCCGAAGUUGCGGACCGAGCCAAUGACAGCAUGCAGCAAGGGGAAAAUUUGCAGAAGCUGGUACAUAUAGAGCACAGUGUCAAGGGGCAGAGCAACCUCCUUCGACCAGGAAGGGUGUUUCUUAAAGAAGGGACGCUGAUGAAAGUGUGUGGGAAAAAUAGGCACCCUCGACAUUUGUUCUUGAUGAAUGAUGUUCUGCUGUAUACGUAUCCCCAGAAGGAUGGCAAGUAUCGCCUGAAGAACACCUUGGCUGUGUCUGGCAUGAGGGUUAGCCGUCCAGUGACAGAAAAGGCACAAAAUGUCCUGAAGAUUGAAUACGCUGAAAAUUGCUUAACUCUAUCAGCAAGCUCGUGCUCUGAAAGGGACGAGUGGUACAGCUGCAUCAGUAGAUGUAUCCCGGAUGACUACAGAGUUCACACUACAGCUGCCUUUCACAACAGUGUUGAACUUCGGGAAAGGCUGGGAAUGUCCUUGGGUGAGAGACCUCCAACCUUGGUACCCGUGUCUCAUGUAAUGAUGUGCAUGAACUGCGGUUGUGACUUCAAGCUCACGCUGAGACGUCAUCAUUGCCAUGCAUGUGGGAAGAUUAUAUGCCGAAAUUGCUCAAGAAACAAGUAUCCUCUGAAGUACCUCAAAGAUCGGCUUGCAAAAGUCUGUGAUGGCUGCUACACUGAACUGAGGAGGAGAGAGCGGCCACUAAGUGUGAGCUUCCCUACAAGUUCAUCCAGGUUUUCAGGCAGUGCCUUCUCUUCUGUCUUCCACAAUAUCCACUACUCAUCCUUCAAAAGACAAAAGAAAAUCCCUUCAGCUCUUUUGGAGGUGGCAGCUUCAGGAGAGGGCUCUUCUAUCAGUGGCUAUCUCAGCAGAUGUAAGAAGGGGAAAAGGCACUGGAAAAAGCUGUGGUUUGUCAUCAAAGGGAAAGUGCUCUACACCUACACAGCGAGUGAGGAUAAAGUCGCCACAGAGAGUUUGCCUUUGCUGGGUUUCACAAUUGCCCCAGAAAAGGAAGGCGGAAAUGUGAAUGCAGUUUUCCAUCUUUACCACAAGCAAACUCUGUUUUAUAGCUUCCGAGCAGAGGAUAACAAUUCAGCACAGAGAUGGAUUGAAGCCAUGGAGGAAGCAUCUGUAUUAUAGCAGUUAUCAACCAAGUGGACUUUGAAUGAACACAUUUAUAUUUGCAACAGCACCCUUCUGUUGGAAGAAACUGUAUAUAUCCCCAUGUGGCUAAACACACAGGAGAGAACUUGUAUAAGACUAUUUUGUUCCUUCCUCAAGCUUAUUCCCUUACAGGUGGAAACCUUUAAAACAAGGAAUAUUUAUGGUCCUUUUUUCUAUCUCUGCAAGUUCAAGUUCAUCCUUCACUGUACUCCGCUCCCAUAUAAUACAGUUGCAUAUUUUCAAGAUUUAGAAUAAAUGUAUGCAUUAUUUCAAAAAGAUACGCUUAGUCACUCAUAGCAACUGGUUCAGUCCUAUUACUUAGAGAGUAUCAUCAACUUGUUUCUCUUUCAGCCAUGAAGCUGAAGUAUGGUGUCCUAAAUUUUAUUCAGAUUACAGCUUCUUAUCUAAAGAACUCUGGACUGACAUACCACUAAUCCAUUUACAGUGCCUGGGUGAAACUGUGUCAUGCUUAUUGGAAUUCCUGCCAAAGAAAAUGUGCGUAAACCACACAAUGGUAAACCAUUUCAAUGGUAAGGAACAAAAAGGUUAAUUCAACUUGGCAUUUACAUAGAUGGUGGUAAGUCUCCUUUCUUACCUGUUUCAUCAGUCCUCUGCAAGGCCCAACCUGAUUCUACUGAAGAAUACAUCCAUUUCCACUCCAGAGGAUGUUAAUUCAUUGCAAACCUUCACAUAAGGUUGUCUGAAACUGAUUGUAUCUAGAAUUAUUAUACUGUUUUAAUCGCUGAGGGCAUUGGAUUUUUAGUAGUAAUAUAGUAAUAAGAUUCAUAAUCCAAAUCUAGUGUCAGGAGCACUUAACUCCAAAGGCAGAAAAACAUUUAACUGUAUGGUGGCAAGAUAAGGAAAGCUGGGAGAAAUAUUCCAUUCAGUGUUCACACCAGCUCUAUUCAGGCACUCAGGCUGCACACACACCAUACAAUGAAAGCACUCUUGCACCACUUUGAUGGCUGUGGCUCCCCCCCCCCAAGGAUCCUGGGAAGUGUAGUUUGAGUAUUGGGAACUGUGGCUUAAUGAAGGGUCUCGUAACAACCCUUUGCCCGUAGUUGCUGGGUUUCUUUGGGGGAAGCCAUGACUAUUACAGUGGUGCAGGAGUACUUUAAACAUGAGUGGCGAUCUCUUACAUCCCUGUCUUCGAUGCAUGAAGGUCUUAAGGCACAAACCUGUUGUAUGUGCAUAGGCUCCUUGGCCAAGUUAGAACCCUGAUCACGUAAAAUACCUAGGAACCCACAAGCCUAAAGCAGGCUCCCUGCUUAAGACAUUUCCUGCAAUGUGUAGGGUGGGGGAAAGCAGCAAGCACAAGAGCAGGGCCAACCGCUGUUCAUAUGAUGUCAACCAUGUGCAUCUGAGUGCCUUAGUGGGGCUAUUGCUUCAUCCAAGGAAAUAUACGCAACUACACUCUUUAAUUGUGCCACUCACUUCAAGAAUGGUGGCUGGUAUUCCACUGUAUUCUGCCAACAAAGCAAAUUGGUGGCCACUGCCACCAAUGCUUCCUUGUCUAGCAAAGGAUUAUGAAGAUGUGUAGCAGCCAUUACACCUCACAGUGUAUCUCCAGUAGGUGCACGUACUCAUACUGCUCCAUGGGUUUGCAAGCUACAUUGAAUCAGGCUCUGACGGGAAGUAUUUAAAUAGCCAAUGUGGUAUAAUGGUUAGCAUAUUGCACCAGGACCAGGAUUCAAAAUCCCACUCAGGCAUGAUGCUCACCGUCUUUCUUAGCCUCACCUACCUCACAGGGUUGUUGUGAGGAUAAAACCGGGGGAGCGGGGAGAGAAGCAUAUAUGCCACCUUCAGCUCCCUGGAGGAAAAGGGUAUAAACAUAACAAGAAAUUAAGUAAAUGAAAAUGUAAGUGGAUUUCACACAAUGUAGCAGCUGGUUAUCAGGAUGAGAUACUGUCUCCCUCAAUGCUCACUUGCAAAUCUGGGCUUUGGUUUAUUCUAUCAAUCAGAGUGUAUCAGUAGAGGCUGAUGUGAUGUCUUUAUGAUGUCAGGUAAUAGGGCCAGUAACACAAAUAAACAUCUCCACACUGCUUUUAGAAAAGCACUCUCUUAAAGCCUAGAGAAGCAUUUUUAGAACUCCAGUGGCAGAGCAUACUAAAACUGGAUUGCUCUUUCAAGGGUUUUUUAUGAGGAUGGGCCUCAUUUUAAAGCCACAGAGACUACCAGAGCGAAGCCAUGUUUUAGGUAUGAUACCCAUUGAUCCAAAGGGUUUGUGCAUUAUUUUGCUUGAAAAGCUGUGUUUUAUACCCAAGUAAUGGAGAGGGGAAGGCAUAGUAUUGCAUUAAAGUGACAUAGCCUAAUGCUGCAUUACGAAAUAAGUGUUUAGGUUGGGGAUUUUAAGCAUUGUGUUAAUCAAAUAUCAUAAUCCAUGUGGAUAUUGCAAUGUCAAUACUAUCAGUUCCACCAUAGACCAUUACACUGCUACACAUUUCUGUGCCAGACCUUUAUCCCAAAUGCUUAUUUUGAGAUCUUCUAGGCAAGCAAAUCCAAGUAGGACUGGUACCUUAGUGGCAGUCUUUGUGACACACAGCAUCAGUAUAUUGUUGUAUCUUUCAGCAUAACAGAUUUUCAUUCAUUUUUAAAGUUACCUUCAAAAAUUUCAGAUGUACAGUAAAAUACAUUUUUGUUAAAUAAUAAUAAUAAUAACCUUAGUAUUUAUAUUAUGUUCUCUGACCUGAACUCCUAAUUAGACUUUUGACUGGGUUUGAUCUUCCCCCAUUUGUAUAAAGGUUCACACCAAUUCAAACACACAAUUAUUUGUUGUGUUUCUAUAAUCUAUGUGUCUUAGGGGAGGAAAUAAACACAGUAGCAUGGAUUUGUUACUUCACUAUCAAGUUUUCUAUUUCAUAAAGCAGAUAGUAUAUAAAAAUGAAUUAUGAAAACACAACUUUCACAUUACCUUCAAAUAAGUUAACUUUCAGUCACAUUUCCGGUUUCAAAUUUGGGUUUGCUAAAAUCAUACUAUUAUGAAGUGGAGGCGCAGAAGGGGAAAAAAUUGCACUGACAGGAACAGAAUGUUAAAUGCCAAAUGUAACACACUAACAGUGCAACCCUGUCUACUCAGAACUAAACCAGUUCAGUGGGAUUGACUCCCAGGUUAAGACUGCAACUUACUUGGUAAUAAGCCCUAUUGAACUUAGUGGGGCUUACUUCUGAGUAGACAGAUAUAGGAUUGCACUGUAAGUAACUAAAUGUUUUUGCUUUGUUUUUUUGUUUUUUAUAUGCACUACAGAAUAACAGUAUUAUGACAUUUUGGUGCUAGCAUUUAACUACUGUUGUAUGAAGUCCGCAGAAGAACAAACAACUACUCAAAUCUCAUUGUAAAAAUACAGUAAUUAUUUAGUUCUUGUUUUAAGAAACAUGGAAAAAUAAAAUGAGAAAAUACCAGG